UGAGAAGCACAAGCACCAUUUUACCUUAGGAAUUGUGUGUUCUCUCUCUCUGUGUGUGCUGAUGUCACUGUCUUUAUUGCUGUUAAAAACUCUUCUAUAUACUUAGUUCUCAUAGUUGUAGAGACAGAGAAAGAGAGAACAAACGAGGUGCCUCUGUUUCGAGCUUGUAGAAACCUUCUAAGUUCAACAAGUCAGAAAAAAAAAAAAAAACAGCCUUUGCCCUUAGCUCAGGUGGAGUUCUAAUUUUUCUGCUACUUGUCUUUAUGUUGAAAAUAAUGGUAAUGAUUAAAAUGAAUCAUGGGGUUCUUUAUUUUUUCAUGAAAGUGAAAAAAGUUUCAUCAUUUUCUAUGUUUUCAAAGUGUGCUUUUUGUUAUGGAAAGCUGUUUUUCUUUGAGUUUGGGUUUGUUUAUGAGGCUUGCAGAGUUAGUUGAGCUUCCUGUCUCAAAAUAUGCUAAAUUUGUUGGGUUUAAUGUUUUGUUUAGAUUCUUGUUUUUCAUCGGUUUUUGUUUCUCUGGGUUUGUAAAUGUGCUCGUACUUUCUAUCUAUGGCCGAGAGUUGAAUUUUCCUUUUUGGGAGCUUGGGAAUUGAAUUAUUUGGUGAUUUAUUUAUUCAGAGUUCAGAAUGGCAAAAACCAGUCAUGGUUCCAUUUCAUUGGUUUGCUUGUUCACUCUUCUUCUAGUAAAGUUCCAAACGUGACCCACUCAAAGUCUUUCUCUUUCUAUUCCUUUUUUUAUUUUUCAUUUUAAAGAUUUGUUUAUGCUUAUUUGAUUAUUCAGUUUUCUGGUACAGAUUAUUUUAUUAUGCUUUUAAAGGGUGUGUUUGCAUAAGGAGUCAAAAUCCGGCACUCAAAAGGGUCUUUGCUUAUGAUUUUUCUAUUAUAUUACAAAAUCACUCAAAAGGGUCUUUGGUUAUGAUUUUCUAUUCUACACCAAAUCUAAAGUUCUUUUCUUUUAGUGCCAACAGAUAACUGAUUUGCUUAGCCAUGAACAACAGUGUUCCUGAUUGGAAUUUUGGGAGUGAUUCCUGCAUCACCAACAAUCAAAAGAAGCCUAUGGGGGUGGACCAAGAACUUGUGGAGCUUCUGUGGCAAAAUGGUCAGGUAGUGUUGCACAGCCAAACACAUAGAAAACCAGUAGUGAAUUCGAUCACACCGAGACCUCUUCAGAGGGCUUUUCAAUCAACACUAAGGACUAGUGAGCCAUUUGGGAACUCAAGUAACUUGAUUCAAGAUGAUGAGACAGUCUCAUGGAUCCAAUACCCUCUUGAGGAUCCAUUGGAACAAGAAUUCUGUUCAAACCUUUUAUCUGAACUGCCACAGUGUGAUGUUGAGUCCUAUAAGCAAAUCAAGCCAUUUGAAGAGGCAAAGUUUACCAAAUUGGAUGCUUCUGGUGCCCCCCAUGUGCUUGUAAGUUCACAAUCACCUACUAUGAAAUCCUCCUCUUUUCAGGAACUCUCAGGAAUUCCUAUACCUGCUCCAAGAUUCCAUGUUUCUGAUUCACCUCAGAAAAAUAAUAAUGACUUGGGUGGUGGACCAUGUAAGGUUCAAAACUUCUCUCACUUUUCACCUACCCUUAAUGUUUCUUCAGCAUUGCCUAAUGGGCGUUUUAGAGACAAAAUCACUGGUAACAUGUCAAAAAAUGAGGUUAGAGAGUGCUCAUUGAUGACAGUUGGAUCAAGUUACUGUGGUAGCAAUCACAUGACCCAAGAUCCAGAUGCUAGCAGGGCAUCAAGCAAUGGUGUUUGGACUACUACUUUAUCUGUUGACCCUGAAGCUGUCAGAGAUGAUGUGCCAAGAACAAUUCCUCUGAGUGAGAAAGGGAAAUCAGAGAAGCUUGAACCAACUGCUACUUCGUCUUCUGGUGGCUCAGGUACUAGUCUAGGAAAAACUUGUUCCUUAUCCACCAGAAACCAGAGCCAAAAAAGAAAAACAAUAGACGUGGAAGAAUCUGAGGAUCAUAGUGAGGACACAGAACUUAAAUCACCAGUUGGCAACAAGACAUCUCAAAGGACAGGGUCGGCUAGAAGGAACCGUGCUGCUGAAGUGCAUAAUCUAUCAGAAAGGAGAAGGAGAGAUAGGAUCAAUGAGAAGAUGAAAGCAUUGCAACAACUCAUACCUCACAGUAGCAAGACAGACAAAGCAUCAAUGUUGGAAGAGGCAAUAGAAUAUUUGAAAUCACUUCAGUUACAACUUCAGCUAAUGUGGAUGGGAUCUGGCAUGGCACCAAUGAUGUUUCCAGGAAUUCAGCACUAUAUGUCUCAAAUGGGUAUGGGAAUGGCUACUUCUCCUUUCCCUCCCAUUCAAAAUCCAAUGCAAUUACCACGAGUACCUCUUGAUCAUCCAGUAUCUUCAUCUCAGACACCAAACCAGACAUUGAUGUGUCAAAAUCCUAUUUUGGGUGCCUUUAAUUACCAAAAUCAGAUGCAAAAUCCAGCUCUUUCAGAGCAAUAUGCACGUUACAUGGGCUAUCAACUUAUGCAAAAUGCUUCUCAGCCAAUCAAUGUAUUUAGAUAUGGUCCCCAGGCAGUACAACAUAGUCAAACAAUGAUUACACCCAGCAACAGCAGUGGAAACAUGAGUGGAGCAGCAAAUAUUGAUGAGACUGUGAGUGGCAAAAUGGGUUAAUUAGUUUAGAAGAAAGCUUAUGAGAACCUACGGCAUAACUAACAAGAUAAUUGCAAGAUGAUAGAAGCCCUUGUAUGCUUUCACAGUAUGUCUGCCUGUUCAUAUAUAUAUAUAUAUAUAUAUACACACAUAUAUGUAGUUACUUAUAUAUGAAUCUAUUGUACAAUAUUGGUCAAACCAAAAGCAACAAGAAUGGGGUAAAAUUAAAUAAAAAAGAAAAGUUGAUAUCUAGAGGUGAUUGGUUACCUUAUGAAAAAUUAUUACCUUCCAUACAGUGAUAUAAUAAAUUAAUUGUAAAAAGAAAAAAUAGUUUUGGUAAAAGUGACUGUCUACCUUUAAAGUAAUACAGUUGCUCUUUUCUCAUCAUGCAUAAUUCCUUUAUUAAUUGCUUGGACAUUUGGUACAUGAAAAGGGUCCUUUUUUUUAUUAUAGAUGGAACAUAACAUAUCUGUGUGGAUUUUCUUAUUGUGCUGAUGUGCAAAGGCAGGGCUAUAAUUUGUAGUAUGUGAGCCAUUCAUUGUUUAAAAUGUAAUAAUUAGUUGCUAUGAAAGGACUUAAAUUAAGAUGCAUCCCUAGCCUAUAGCAUGCUACCUUUUGAUGGAGAAGAUUUAUUCAACUAGAUUAGGUCAUAUUUUUUUCCUUGUUUUUCAAUAGCUUACAUUAUGUUAUAGCCUCCUAGAGUGCUUGCAUGAUUACCAAAGCACAAGAUUUUACCAAAAUCAACAUGUUGGGUGAGCAUGCAUAAGCCUGAAAAGGUUAGCUGAUGCAUGAUUAGUUGCUACUUUAGUCUUUCCUUCUCUCAAACUACAAAUCACUUCCUCAUGGUUUUUCUGCUGUCAUCAGAUAGUAAUUAUUCACAGGUGGAAAGGAAAUGCUUAACUUAACAAUUUUUAGCUUUUUUUUUUAUUUUUUACAUGUCCUGAAAAAAGGAAAAAUGUCAUGAAAAUUGAAUAUGUACCCUCCACUUUUGUUUGUGAUGGCUUUAUCUUUAGUCAAGCUACAAAUAAAUGUUGUUGCUGUGGUCCCCUGCAUCAAAACUAAAGGUAGUCAACUAACUGCUAAAAUUUGGAUACCACUAAGUAUAUAUGUACACCAAGUUGUUUUGUUUAUCUUUCCAUGGGACCUCAAAAAUAGACACUUGCUGAAUCCAUGAGCUAUUUCUGCAAAUGGGGUCCCCCUCCUCAAUCAGAAUGCCAUGAAAACUAAGCAACUCACACUUUAAAAAAGCCCUUGGUCAUGGUUUUGUUACAUAUCAUAAUCCACACUUUAUGACCCCAUUUGCACACAAUUCUCCUCCAAUUUGCUAUGUUCCUUCAUCAUCGUCACCUUUCUUUUUCUCCUUUCCAGGUUCUUCCACCUUUAACUAAAUAGCAGCCAGCAUCUGAUAUAUGAUAUGAUAUGAUAUUAUAUGAUCCUUAAUCGAAGGGUUUGCAUUGGAUGGGGGAAUCAACCCUGAUAAAGCUCCAAAUUUGUGUAGUGUGGUGGCCAUGCAAUUUGUGUUGUCUAAUGAAGAGUUUGAGAAAAUUUGUAGUAGACAGGUCCUUCAUUAUGGCCCAGUUUUGUUCUCAGCUUCUGUGUCCCAUCAGGUAGAGCAUUCUGCACAGUUUGUAGAUCUGAGAAAGUAACAUGAUAGAGCUCAUUUUUUUUUGCAAUCAUUGUGUCUCGACUCAACUUCUCAUGAGAACAACUAUUUUUCUCAAUGACAUCAACUAUGGAAUAUAUAACAUUGUGCUUC